GUGUUUAUGAGCGAGCGCAGUGCCGUGAUACUGAUAGCUGCAGCUAUAGCGAGCGCGGUCAGUGCGAUUUGCGAAUUAGAGGCGACAGCGAGCCGAGGCCCGAGAGUGCAUAUAUACGUAUAAUAGCGAUAAAGUGUAAAAAGUGUAAAAAGUGUAAAAAGUGCAGUGCGCGCGCGCGCGCGCAAAGAUGCAAGCCCGGGUCGCGGUCGUCGCGGUGUGAGGCGUGAGCUUCGAUGAGUUUUGGAGCAGCGCGAGCACUACUAGGUACUCUGCUGCAGCUCGAGAAUGGACGACGCACGACGGCGCGAUUCACGAGAGCAUCAUCUCAGCAGCAUCAGUAGUAGACCGCGCACAACAUAGACGCGCUGCACUACGCACGCCGCGCACGUACAGUACAGUAGUAAUAAUAAUAUAUAAUAAGGCUCCGAAUCAACGCGCGCUUCUCUCUCCUCUAUCCGAUCCUUCCAUUCCAUCAUAACAAAAAUAUAGACAACCCGCUUUUCUCGGCUGCGUGUAUAUCCUGCAAGUCUGCAACACUGGCGAGACGCUCGUACGAGUCGCGAGUGCGUCGGAAAAUCAAGCUGAACAGCAGGAGAAAAUGCAUCGCGUGCAGUAAUAAACUCCGUGUAAAGCUCUUUAACGAGCGCGUAAUAUCGACCUUCUCUCGCUAUCGCAGACUUAUGCGGCUCAUUCCGAGCUUUUGCAAAUCCACUGCUGGAUUCGCACAAGCUCACUCGGCGCGAGUUAUCUAACGAAAAAGCUAAGCGCUCGGCUUGCGAUCCAGCUUUAAUACCUUAUAACAACGCAAUGCACACGAUUGCCGAGUGCUUUCAUUUCAAGCUCGAGUCUACUUCUAUUGACACCUGAGAUUUAUCUUAUCAGGAAUAUGGCAAAUGCCAAUGUUUUUAAUGCCCUUCUUUGGAACAAGAUGCAGGGAUUGAUGAUUGUUUCUUAAACAAUUUUAUUAAAUUUACAAUAAUAUUUAUCCAUUAGUAUAUAUUGCUGUACAAUGCAUUUCUGGAUUGAUAAACCUACAGCACGAUUUAGUGGUCGGCGUUAUCCUGCUUUGUCCUUCCCAAAAGCACACUUUGCUCCACACCGCCGAUGUGGCAAUCUCGAUGUAACAAGACUACAAAUGGUUACGCCAGUACACCGAUUUCAAACCAUCAACACUGGAGGCAAUUCUGCAGGACCUAGUAAUCCCAGUUCUACAAGACCUCCUAGAUCAUCUUCACAAAAUAAUGAUAAUAGAAGUAAUUCAGCACAUCCUGGCUUACACCUGGGACAAGAAAAUAUCAGCAAUAUUAAUACAAGUAAUACUGGUAACAAUCAACAAGUACUGCCUCCAUCAGCAAGUGCUGCGAAUAGAGGCCUUCUAAAUUUUUCGGACUUUAACGAUGCUGAAAUGGCUGGUUAUAGACUUCGCUGCAGUGUAUGGAUUAUUUUUGUAUUAGCUACUGGUUUCGUAGCUGCAGCUAAAUUUUAUUUUGAUCAUCAGCAAGGAGCCGGUUUAGAAGUUCUUGUAUUUUGUGGACUUUUAGUAACUCUUUUGAUGUCUGGAUGUUUCUAUUCAAUUAUUUGUCGACGUGCUCAAAACAAUCAUCGCCAAGAAAUUCAAGCUGAGCCUAUUGCAGCUGUUACUGUUGCCAAUACAAUUCCUAAUGAAAGUAUUAGGCAGGUUUCUAUGCCUAUUAGGCAAAACCCGCCGCCACCUUAUCAUGUAGCAAUUCUCAUUCCACCACCUACAUCGCCAGAUGAAGCUCCUCCACCAGCUUAUGACAAGAUCAUUCAAUGAAAUUCAUUUUCAUUCUAGUCUUUUGCAUAUACUUUUUAAAUGAACAUAAACUUUUAAGUUACUGUUAUUAUACCUAAUUCUUACUAUGAAAAUUGUUUUUUAGUAUAACAGAAUCUAAUUGCAUUUAUAUAUUAGAAUUCAAAUGUGAUAUUUCAUUGGCCAAAGGACAAAGUAACAAAGAAACAUUUCAUGGAUAAUAAUUAACAAUGUGCAGUGUAUUUUUAAUAUUUUCUUAUGUCUGCAGACAAAAGUGUAAAAUUGAAAAUGAAAUAAUUGAGUAGAAUUUUUUUUAUCCCAUUAAUAAAUGUAAGAUAUAUUGUCAUCAUGUAUUAGUCACGUAUUACAGUUUAACUUACAAUUAUCUUUAUAUACAAGAUACAUGAUAAUGUUCAGACGUACGCACAAACCGUCAAUACAUACAAAAUAUAUAGCACGAUCAUUCUUAAGAUUUUUUUUUCUAUAUAUUUAUGUGAUUCGUUGUAAAAUGAUAAAGCUAAAUGUGCAUACUUCAAUUACACGAAACUUUUAUUUGAAUUAUUCAAGGUAUAAUGUAAGUAAUGAUAAGAUAAUGAUUAAAAGCCUAAUAGGUUUGAAAAAAAAUUAAUUUUAUUAAAAUACAUAAGUGCAUAUUAAGCUUUUCGAAUUUCACAAAUUUAAAAAUAUUAUAAGUAAUCGAUAUUAUAUCAUAAGAGUUAAUUUUUAUGUUUAGCGUGAGUAUGUACGUAAAUUAAUAUAUAAUUUGCAGUACUAUAUUUAAUACGAAAUAUUACGAUGAAUUUUGUACAUGUAUUGAGUAGUAAAUAAUUAUUUUUUUUUAUUAAUUAAAAUACCAGUAUCUAUAUGUGCUAUAAGCUCAAAAUUCUAGAAAUCAUUCUAGGUAUCAAAACCAAAUACAGCGCUAAAAUUCUUGUACAUAAUUUCAUUUUCAUAAAAUAAGAAUGCCUGUUAAAAGUGUAUGCCCAUAGUAAAAAGGCGCAUUCAACGCUAUACAUUUAUUCGAUGAACUUGAUUUUUUUUUAAUAAUUUAAUUAGUAUAUAUUAUAUCGUCACUAAAUUUUGUACAAAAAUGAUAUAUAUGUAUAUAUAUUUUUUUCUGCCAAAGUAUUCAUAUUGGCAGAUGUACUGUCGUACAAACUGUGACGAAAAAUUGAAAAUAAAAAUUCUUUUUUAAAUAAA